AUGGCCGUUAGCUAUUUGUCCCAGAAACCCUGGAUAGAAAGCACUUUCACCAAGAGGGAAUGUGUGUACAUACUUCCAGUGUCAAAAGACCCCCACAGAUGUCUUCCAGGAUGCCAGAUUUGCCAGCAGCUAGUCCGGUGCUGCUGUGGGCGGCUGGUGCGGCAGCAUGUUGGCUUCACUGCCAGCUUGGCCACGAAGUACUCGGAUGUGAAGCUGGGUGAAAAUGCCAACCUGUCGGUACCUGAGCUGGAGGAGUGGUCGGUGGAAAAACACACCGAGGCGAGUCCCACUGACGCCUAUGGUGUCAUCAACUUCCAGGGAGGGUCUCACUCGUACCGAGCCAAGUAUGUUCGUUUGUCCCACGACUCACCACCGGAACACAUCCUGCGGCUGAUGCUGAAGGAGUGGCAUAUGGAGCUUCCUAAGAUCCUCAUCUCUGUCCAUGGAGGAGUUCAGAACUUUGAGCUCCACCCUCGCAUCAAACAGGUGGUGGGCAAGGGCCUCAUCAAAGCUGCAGUCACUACCGGGGCCUGGAUUCUCACUGGAGGGGUCAACACAGGUGCGGCCAAGCACGUGGGUGAUGCUCUCAAAGAGCACUGUUCAAAAUCAUCUAAGAAAAUUUGCACUAUUGGGAUUGCGCCCUGGGGAGUCAUUGAAAACAGGAACGAUCUCAUCGGCAGAGAUAUUGUCGCCCCGUAUCAGACGUUACUGAACCCUCUGAGCAAACUAAACGUUCUUAACAGCGUGCAUUCCCACUUCCUCCUGGUGGACGACGGGACGGUGGGCAAGUACGGCGCUGAGGUCCAACUGCGGCGGGACCUGGAGAAGCACAUCAACCUCCAAAGAAUACAUGCACGUAUCGGUCAGGGUGUUCCCGUUGUGGCCCUGAUCUUAGAGGGGGGUCCCAAUGUGAUCCUGACUGUGCUGGAGUACCUUCAGGAAAACCCUCCUGUCCCAGUGGUGGUGUGCGAGGGGACCGGCCGGGCCGCUGACAUACUGGCCUACGUCCACAAGCAGACCGAGGAGGGAGGCGGUCUUCCUGAUGGAGUGGAGACCGACAUCAUCGCAACCAUCAAGAAAACCUUCAACUUCAGCCAGAAUGAUGCCAUUCAUCUCUUUCAGACUCUGAUGGAGUGCAUGAAGAGUAAAGAACUGAUCACUGUGUUUCACAUCAGCUCCGAGGAGCAUCAGGACAUUGACGUAGCCAUUCUGAGGGCUUUACUCCAAGGUACGAAUGCAUCUGCUUUCGAACAGCUGGUCCUGACUCUGGCAUGGAACCGUGUAGACAUUGCCAAGAACCAUGUGUUUAUGUAUGAACAGCAGCUCCUGGUGAGCUCUUUGGAGCAAGCCAUGUUGGAUGCACUUGUAAUGGACAGGGUGGAUUUUGUCAAACUGCUCAUAGAAAACGGUGUGAGCAUGCAUCGUUUCCUAACAAUCAGCCGGCUGGAGGAGCUCUACAACACGAAACUUCCAAACAACCUGACUCUCCUCCACCUGGUUAGAGAUGUUAAAAAGAGUCAUCUGCCUCCAAAUUAUAGAAUCACUUUGAUUGACGUGGGCCUGGUCAUUGAGUUCCUGAUGGGCGGGACUUACAGGUGCAACUACACCAGGAAACGCUUCCGAAUAAUUUACAACAAUCUCCAUGGCAUCAACAAGAGGUCAGGGCGCCACACUGCAGGCCCUAGCUGUAAACUAAGGAACGAUCAUGAGUCUUUCAGCAUGGAGCCUGACAAAAAGGAGAAGAUGAGACACAACCACUUCAUCAAGACUGCAAAGCCGUACAAACCAAAGCUCGAGUCUUCCAUGGAGCAGAAGAAAAAGAGCAAAGAGGAGAUUGUCGACAUAGAUGACCCAGAGACACGGCGGUUUCCUUACCCUUUCAAUGAGCUGCUGGUGUGGGCUGUGCUGAUGAGGAGACAGAAAAUGUCACUCUUCUUCUGGCAGCACGGUGAGGAGAACAUGGCCAAGGCACUGGUGGCAUGUAAACUCUGCAGGUCUAUGGGCUAUGAAGCCAAAAAGAGUGAUGUGGUGGACGACACGUCAGAGGAGCUCAAGGAAUACUCAAAUGAGUUUGGGACGUUAGCAGUGGACCUGCUGGAGCAGUCGUUCAGGCAAGAUGAGACCAUGGCCAUGAAGCUGCUGACAUAUGAGCUAAAGAACUGGAGCAAUUCCACCUGUUUGAAGUUGGCUGUCUCGUCACACCUACGGCCCUUUGUGGCUCACACAUGCACCCAGAUGUUGCUGUCAGACAUGUGGAUGGGAAGGCUGAACAUGCGCAAGAACUCCUGGUACAAGGUGAUUCUGAGUAUCUUGGUACCUCCUGCCGUCUUACUGUUGGAGUACAAAUCCAUAGCUGAGAUGGCACACAUCCCUCAGAGUCAGGAUGAUCAUCAAAUGACCAUGGAGGACAGCGAACACAACUUCCAGAACACAGCUGAUGAUAUCCAAAUGGAUGUGUUUAAGGAGACCAGAUCCAGUGACCAUGUGGAGGUGAAAAAUGACAUGGAGACUCAUGUUCACUCCAGGAAGCUGCCUUUAGGAAUGAAAUUUUAUGCCUUCUACCAUGCUCCCAUUGUCAAGUUCUGGUCCAGCACGCUCUUCUAUUUGGGCUUCUUGAUGUUGUACACAUAUGUGGUCCUGGUGAAAAUACCUGAAUGGCCUUCUCCUCAAGAGUGGGUGGUGAUCCUCUACAUCUUUACCUCUGCCAUUGAGAAAAUUCGAGAGAUGUUCAUGUCUGAAGCAGGCAAAAUAAGCCAGAAGGUGAAGGUCUGGUUCAGUGACUAUUUCAAUGUUUCUGAUUUUCUGGCCUUAGUGAGCUUCUUUACUGGCUUUGGUCUGAGGUUUGCUGGAGGUGAUGCCUUCAUCCCUGGGAGGACAUUUUAUUGCCUCAAUAUCAUUUUCUGGUACGUGCGACUCCUGGAUAUCCUGAUUGUCAACAAGCAAGCUGGGCCAUAUGUCAUGAUGAUAGCUAAAAUGGUGGCCAACAUGUUUUAUAUUGUAGUAAUAAUGGCUGUAGUCCUCCUGAGCUAUGGCGUACCCAGGAAAGCCAUUCUGCACCCAAAUGAGGAGCCUAACUGGAUGCUGGCCAGAGAUGUGGUCUUCCAACCAUACUGGAUGAUGUACGGGGAAGUGUAUGCCUAUGAAAUUGAUGUGUGUGCCAACAACAGCGAUCCAUAUGUAAAGUCCCUGUGUGGGCAAGCAGUGUGGCUGACUCCGUUUCUACAAGCAGUCUACCUCUUUGUACAGUAUAUAAUAAUGGUCAACCUUCUCAUUGCCUUCUUCAACAAUGUGUAUAUGGAAGUGAUGUCCAUUUCUAAUCUGGUGUGGAAGUACCAGCGCUACCACUUCAUUAUGGCCUACCACGAGAAGCCUGUCCUCCCACCUCCCUUCAUCCUCCUGUGCCAUAUCUGCUCCCUCUUCUGUAUGUGUAGAAAGAGGAAGAAGGAGAAUACCUAUGGACCAAAGCUGUUUCUCACUGAGGAAGACCAAAAGAAGCUUCAUGAUUUUGAGGAGCAGUGUGUUGAGACCUACUUUCAUGAAAAGAAUGAUCAGUUUCACUCGGGAAGUGAGGAGCGCAUACGUCUUACCUCAGAAAGGGUUGAGACCAUGAAUUUGCAGCUGAGGGAGAUUGGGAACAAGGUCAACUUUAUAAAACGCUCUCUGCACACACUGGAUUCCCAGAUUGGCCACCUUCAGGACCUCUCGGCUCUGACUGUGGACACUCUGAAGACCCUCAGUGCCCAGAGGGUGUCAGAGGACAGCAAGGUCCACAAUCAGAUCACCCGGGAGCUCAGCCUGUCUAAGAAUGUGGUCCCCAGCAUCGCCCCAACAGACACCGGCCCCCACUCCAAAUCAUCUGGGAUAGGCAAACGCAGUGUGGGGGCCUUCUUCGGCUCCUCUUUCCUCCAGACAGGAGCCAACAUAACAGAUUCUCUUUUUGGGAUUGGUGUAGGGGGAGGAGCUGGGACGGAGAGAAACAAGGAAGUUUGGGCCAGCCCUGGAGCAGAACUGGGGCGGGACCCCAACCUGAAUCUGGCAUUGAGUCCAGAGAGGAGGGGGUUGUUUGGGCUCGGGCACCUUGCUGCAGAGGCUGGCUCCUCAGGCAGUGUUGGCUCCAGUGCCCUUGUCCAAAGUGCUGUGGCCAUUUCCCCUUUGGAGCUGCAUCUGCAAGGCCCCUCUCUCACCCAGAGUAAGCUAACUGGUCCACAAGAGCUGGGCCGUUCUGACUCUCUAUCCAGCCUGCCCAGUGUGCCCUCCCCUGUGGCUCAGUUCCACAUCAGCAGCACCCCUUCCCAGUCCAGUGCCUCCAGCCACCCAGAGCUCGCCCCAGCUGGGCAAUGCCAGCAGCUGCCCCAGCCAGACAGCACCACAGUAGAGUUUGGUGUCUUUGUGGGACAUAAAGAGAGUUUGAACCUCCAGGACUCUACACCCAAGGACGACACUACCUCCAGCAGACGGCAAAGCCCGACCACACAGAGCAGAUUGCAGCUGCAGGCUCAGCCUGAAGGUCAGAGUCAUAUCAGAGCAGUCAAUUCUUAUGCUGGCUUCACAGAGCUCCACAGAAACCCGGCUUUUCUCCAUCCUGACCCCACUCUGACAAAGAAGGAUCGGAGCAGAGUUUCAGCUGAAAAUGUCUGCACCCAUGAGGACCCCAGGGUCACAGUACCAGAAACAGUUCAUGUCAAAUCAGCUCAACCCAGCAGCCUUGUCAGACGAGCCCCUGAAGGAGAUGCACUAAAUGCUAUUGGCUCCCCUUUCAAGCCCAUGGAGAGCUACCAGUACUCGGCUGUUGAGCGCAACAACUUGAUGAGGCUGUCACAGAGUAUCCCCUUCACCCCUGUGCGACCUAGAGGAGAGCAGGUGACUGUCUACCGCCUGGAGGAGAGCUCCCCCAACACUAUCAACAACAGCAUGUCUUCCUGGGCCCAGCGAAGCCUCUGUGCUAAAAUCGAGUUCCUCAGCAAGGAGGAGAUGGGCGGAGGACUCAGGCGGGCCCUCAAGGUGCUCUGCACUUGGUCAGAGUACGACAUCCUGAAACCAGGACACCUGUAUAUAGUCAAGUCUUUCCUUCCUGAAGUGGUCCAAACCUGGCAGAGCAUCUAUAAGGAGGACACUGUGCUGCACCUUUGUCUCAGGGAAAUUCAGCAACAGAGAGCUGCACAGAAGCUGACGUUUGCCUUCAACCAAGUCAGGCCAAAGACAGUUCCUUAUUCACCAAGGUUUCUGGAGGUGUUCCUGCUCUACUGUCACUCUGCUGGACAGUGGUUUGCUAUAGAAGAGUGCAUCACUGGGGAGUUCAGGAAGUUCAACAACAACAAUGGAGAUGAGAUUGUGCCCACCAACCUCCUGGAGGAAACCAUGCUGGCCUUCAGCCACUGGACCUACGAGUACACCCGUGGAGAGCUGCUGGUGCUCGACCUGCAGGGUGUGGGAGAGAUUCUGACAGAUCCCUCAGUCAUAAAGAGCGGAGAGAAGGGAUCCUAUGAUAUGGUGUUUGGACCAGCCAACCUGGGCGAUGACGCCAUCAGGAACUUCCGUGCAAAACACCACUGCAACUCCUGCUGUCGGAAACUCAAACUUCCUGAUCUGAAAAGGAACGACUAUACACCAGACAAGUUGACGUUCCCACAGGAUGACCCUCCCAAGCCAGGGGGCAGCGUCAAGGAGUUCCGCCAGUCAAUGAAACUGAUGCUAUGAUCAGUGAACACUCACUUAAACAUCUGUGUUUUGUGAUUUUUAUUUUGAUAGCCAGCCAUUUCCGGUGAAGUGCGGUUCUUUUCAAACUGGAUAACAAGUGGCAGGUGGUGCAGCUAGUAUUCUGAGACUAGAAAUUCAUGCUAAAAGUUUGACGUGAGCAAAUGCUUCUUAUCUCAAAAAAGUUGAAUUGGAAGGGCAUCACUGGUCCUUAUUUCUAUUUUAAUGAUAAGGUUUGUGAAUCCUUUCAGAAGCAUUUAUAAAAUUUCUUAAUUCUUUUCAUCCAGAUGGCAAUGAUUACAUUAAAUGCACUAACAAAGGAAAAAAAAUUCAAUCAUCUGUGGCAGCAGCAGGGUUGGAAAAUGCCUGACCAAUAAUUUUAUUAAUCUCAAGCAACACCUACCUGCCCGUCAACCAAAAUUCCUACUUGCCACAUGCAGUGUUCAUAUUACCAAGACAGAAAAGGCCUGUGUUUUGAACAGAGUUAGUUGGCCUCUCUCUUCAGUUCUCCCCGUUGGAAAAGCCUGGACUUCCAAGGCUAGUUAACGGCUACGACCCAGGGCUGAAGCAGUUUAGUCAUGAACUAGAGGUUCCCAACUAAGGUUUGGGGCUGCAGAUCUGGACAGGUAACACUACCUGACAAAUUUACAACUAAAAAGAAGUUGGAUGCUGCAAGAAGUAAAACCAGACUUAAGAUUGGUGUGGCUUUUGAACGAGGGCAACUAAGAGAAGAAAAGGGGGCUGAAAAGUGACGCCAUGGUGGCCAUGUUUAUGAUGGACAGAUAAUUAUCACUUUUGUUUUGUUUGGGGGCAUCUGUCUUCCUGAAAUCUGUAUGUAGGAGUCACGGAGUGCGAACAGUAGUGCAUGUUGUGUUUUGGAGUGGCGGCUUUGGCGAGAAAUUAGAACCAAAGGGUGGGAUUUCUUCAGUUUUUCUACUUAAAAUCAAGCUUCCUCUUGCUGGUUUUUCCAGGAUCACCAACCCUACCUUUCAAAUCAAAAUUGCAUCAUGACAUAUUUUUAAAUAUUGGCAAAGACUAUUGAUGUAGGAUCGUAUCAUGAGGACUGUGGUAAUUUACACCCCUAAUAAAAGAUGAUCAGCAGUUUUUGUAUUGGCUAAUAAAGAUAUAAUAUGAAUUUCAAAUCUUGUAAAAUAUAGGAAGAUUGCAAUGCAGCUUUUAUAAAAUGUAAUUUUAUUAUAUUUAAAGUGUCUUUUUUAACAGGGUACUAUUGCCGUUUGUCAUCUAUUGUAUGAGCAAAUUACAAUCUAGUGUAUCUUAUAGUCACUUAUCUCUUAUUAGCUCAACAGCUUAUUUUUCUGGGGAAGUGACAAACUUAAGGCCAUUUACUGUAAACAUUAUCAUUUUAAAUCAAUUGUAAAAAGCUUUGGCAACAAGUCUGAAAAGAAUAAGUAUUGUAUUAUGGGGCCUGCGUUCAGAAUAAAAUUGUCCUGACACAAACAAGGCAGGCAGACAGAGGACCCCAGUGUGCACACAGGCAGACAGACAGGUACAGGUACAGUUUAACAAAGCUAAAACCAACUGAGGCAGACAAAACAGGCAGGCAGAAAACAUGAGAUGAAAUACAAGUUGAAACCACACAGGUAAUCCAGUAUUAGUCCAAGGGAGCAGACAGGCAGAGUCCAAGUACAGGUGGUCCAAAAAAAAAAAAAAAAA